AUGUCACCGAAGGUUAUGGUUCCGGAGUACAACUUCCCAAUCGAUUAUUUCAAGCCAACAGCAACAGCCGAGCAGCUAGACAACCUUUAUUUUCGCGAAAGGGAUGCUCCAAAGCAAGGGCAGCCAGAGUUGGGAGAGAAUAUCGUUUAUGAGCUCUGUCAGCUGGACGCAAGUUUGGAGGAGUUGUUCCGCGAAGGAAAUGUCGAUUUCACCACUCACCAACAAAUUCACAAGUUUCGCUUACGUGUUUCGCGAAGAAUAAGCGCGUUUGGUGGCAUCCUCAGAAAGCUGCUUCUGCACAGCGAGGAAUCGGCUUCAGCUAACAGUUUGAAAUUUCAGAGUUUGCAUCGGUUCUACGUGGGACGUCUAAUGCGGCUGGUGCGACAACCGAAUUGUAAUCGCGCCCGUGUUUUGGAAAUGAUUAUGAGCAGAACGAUGGAACAGGACGAUGCGGGUGACAUGUCCUUAUGUUCAGCUAUUGUGGAGGAUGAAUCUGAGGUAGUGCUUCAGUUGAAGGCAACACGAAACAUGAUGCUAAACCAAAUAAGCCAGAUGAGCGCCACUGAAUCGUCUAUGUUGAAGUCAUCGAAUUACAUUCUGCGUCAGGAGAAAAUACUUUCGGCAUUAAAGCAACGUUUCGGAUCUGCUACUCGACUGCUUGGAAGCUUACGACGAAAGACGCUUAAUCGUUACGGAACCGUGCGGUUAUGUUACUUUACCUUUCUGGGCAUGUGCCUUUUCAUUAUAUUGCGCCGUUUUCGCGUUUUCAAGCUCGUGUAUAACGGCGGCGGCUCGAUCCUUGCACGGCUGCAUGACUCUCCCCUUCAAAUUCACAGCGACAUCGUCGGAUACUACCCCUACGAUGAGGUGAACCUUGUUAAAGCAUUUUUUUAUUUGUUCAAAGUGUCUGCCGUGUCCGUAGUGGAGCAAGUCGAAAACCCCAGCUGUAUAUACCACAAUGUCUUCUCUUGUGUCAUUAUCAUUAUCAUCAUCAUAGUAAUCCGUUAUGGAUGUCGUCCCAAUUUUUUCAAAACCAUCUUUGUUUCCAUUUGCGUCCACAAACUCAUCACCAGGAUUGUUCACAUUAGUUUUGGUUGGUGUAGAAUCGGCAAAUUCAUCGCCAUUUGGGUUUAUAUCUUUGCCACUGUAAACAUCCACGAAUUCUUCCUCUAUGCUGACCGAAUCAGAACUUGCUUCGUUGUCAACGCCACUUUCUUCUCCUACGAACUCACGCAGCGCAGUUAUGUAGCGCUCUACCCAUUGUUCCAACGAUGUUGUUAUGCCCGCUCGUAUCUCCUCAAGUUUUUCCUCCAGUUUAUGACCCUGUGA